GCAAGCAAUACAGAAAACUACAGUUCCCUGGACCAAGGGCGCCUAACCGAGAUUUGUUUUUAGCCUAGCUUUUACACGCGAGUGCCACUGUGAACAACAGGUGCCAUGCCGGUACACCGUGACCGGGAGAAGAAGGAGAACACAGGGGAGGAGAUGGAGGUUGAGGAGCAGGAGCAAGAGGCCUCCAGCUCGGAGGAGGAGGACUCGGACACCUCCUCAGUCUCCGAGGAUGGUGACAGCUCUGAAAUGGAUGAGGAAGACUGUGAGCGAAGGAGGAUGGAGUGUCUGGAUGAAAUGUCCAACCUGGAAAAACAGUUCACAGAUCUUAAGGACCAGCUGUAUCGGGAACGCCUCAGCCAGGUGAACAGCAAGCUCUCAGAGGUUGAGGCUGGCCAGGCAGCAGAAUACUUAGAGCCUCUUGCUGUAUUAUUGGAGAAUAUGCAGGUCCGCACCAAGGUGGCAGGUAUUUACAGGGAGUUGUGUCUGGAGUCUGUCAAAAAUAAGUAUGACUGUGAGCUCCAAGCAGCAUGUCAACACUGGGAGAGUGAGAAGCUCCUGCUGUUUGAUACAGUACAGAAUGAAUUAGAGGAAAAAAUCAGAAGACUGGAGGAGGAUAGACACAGUAUUGACAUCACAUCAGAGCUGUGGAAUGAUGAAUUGUCAGGGAGGAAGAAGAGAAGAGAUGCUUUGAGUCCAGACAAGAAGAGGAGACGCCCUUCAGUGGUGUCUGGCCCAUAUAUAGUCUACAUGCUUCCUGACUUGGACAUCCUAGAGGACUGGACAGCCAUUAGAAAGGCCGUGGCUACGCUGGGUCCCCACAGAGGAAAGGCUGACCCUGACAGCACUGUGUUCCCAUUCAGACCUGACAGAAACAGACCCAUUCUCAACUGCUGAGACGCACAAACAUUAAGAACAACAUUCAGCCAUUCACGGACCUCAACAGAAUACACAAUACAUUCACGUUUCUAAUGACAGAAAUGUUGUGAACAGUUGAACUUUUCCUCGAAUUUUCCCAGGAUAUGCCACAAUCCUCUUCUGCCAUAGCCCUCCCUGUUGGUGACACCACUCAGUAAGCUGUGACUUGUGUCAACAAGCACACACAACAUGGACUCAAGGAUUUUAAAUCCCUUUAAAGGACAAAUGAGAAUCAGUUCUCAACUAACUUACCUGGUUAAAUAAAUAGGAAUAGAACUAGAAGCUGUUUACACUAUAUGUCUGGUACCAGGGCUUCCAGCUGACUUUGAUUCAAUGUUUUGGCGUCAUUUGCUGCAACGUAUUCAUCAGCAGGUGGCUGUAAAUGUUACACCAGCAAAUCUAAGGAUGGUGUCUUUUCAUGGUGUCAAUCCACAUCGUUUGCCAUCUUUACAUGAAAAGAGUUAAUGACAAAGCCUCCAAUGCAUUAUAGGAAAAAAACUGUUUCUACGACAUAUGGUGAUGAUCCAUUGUGCCAUGAAAAGUUUUACAUUUUUUACUCAUUUAUUUUUGUCAACCUGUAGUUAGACAUGUUUUGAAUAUUUAGGUAGUGAUCAGAUGGACAGUUGCUUCAGUUUUCAUGGGGCAUCCAGCACUUCACAGUGGCUGCAUUACAUGAGUCAUGUUCUUUGGUACCUUUGAAUUUUUAGGACUUACUGGUUGUAGUGAUUUUGGAAAUAAUGAGCUCAGUGAUAAUUCAAACCUCAGAAUUAUAACAACACAUAAAGUAAGAUAAUGUCAGACUGAGAUAAAAAAAAAAAAAAAAAUUACUAUCAGUGACAUUUAUACACCAGCAUUUUUGGAAGUAGACAGAAUGGUUGCAAAAGCAUAGUCCCACGGACGUUAACCGUAUACAGUAUUUUUUGGAAUACCUGGCUAUUUUUUUUUUUUUUUUGUGAUCAAACCACACUGACUUAACUGCUUCACAUCCAAGGUCAAUAUAUAUGUAAUAUUAUAAUACCCAGGUAUCCUUUCAUAGAAGUCUGCCACUAAGUAUUGCCGUUAGAUCAUCUUCUUAUAUACCUACCUCUUCUCUCUUUCUGAGAUUCUUCCAUGCUUAAUGACUGUCCUUAUGAAACUUCGUUUAUUGUGUAUCAUUAGUGUCUACAGUGACGAUUCCUGUUUUGUGUUUGUUUCCUGAAAUACACAGAGACAUACAAGUGUCCUGUUGCAGCUGUGACCUGUCAUUACAUUGAUAUAUAUUUUUUUUAUGAUCCAAGUGCAUUUAAUAACAAUUUGGUGUGCCUCCAAGAUUUGUUUAACAGCGAGUCAGCUGCGUCGUUUUCCAAUUUCAAAGACCAAUUGUCAUAUUUUAUUUUAACCACCUGGACUGUGAGAAGCAGAGACACUGCCAUGUCCUUCCAGUCACAUCACAUGGUUGAACUUGUGAAACUUGUGAAAAGACGAUUACUUUUUAUAAUUGAGGUUUUUAUGAAUUGAAGUGGUGGUGGUGUGAUAUAUUAAAUCAGUAUUUUUCAGCAAACAAAGUUAUUGUCAGGUACAUUGGUGUCAUUGUUGAAUUGUUGAUGGUAUGCAUGGGAAAUUUUGCAAUUAAAUGUUUUCUAAAAG